CCGUUACGAAAUGGGAGCCUGAAGUAACGUUCCAAUUUGCUCUCCUCUUUCUCAACCUCUUUUCUUUUCUUUCAUUGCACAACCACCACAAUCGCUGAAACCUUUUUCUUUUCUCUUUCUUUCUCCUAUCAAAGCACCCCCACUUUUCCGAUGGCCGCCGUAGCAUCAUCACCGACGCCACGUAAGUCUCGAUCCAAAAACCUCGAGAAUUUCGAUCCCAACAAACAACAACAAAGCCCUGUUUUCAAACCCUCUUGUUCCUCUUCUUCUUCUCCUUCUCCUCUCGUGAAACCAAAGAACCCUAAUAAUAAAGUCAAUUACUUCUCCCCUCAGAACAAGAUCCGGCAGAGAAAGUUCUUGGUCGCAAAGAAGAAGAAAGAGACGAAGAAGGAAGAAAAAGAGGGUUCGGGUGCUGCUGACUCUUGCAAGUGCAAAGCAACUGGUGCAAAUGCCAACAAGAACCACAAGUGUGUCUGUGUGGCUUAUAACAACCUAAGGAAGUCCCAGGAAGAGUUCUUCAAGAACAAAGAUGAUGGUGUUGUUGAAGAAGGGGGUUUUGAGAGUGAGACUGAGAGUGUGGUUGUUGAAGAAGAAAAAGAAGGAGAAUCAUUAUUGGGGAAUGGUUUGGUUGUGAAGCGUAGGAGGGAGAGGUUGAUGGAAGAAGCGAGGAAGAGUGUUCCACAAAGUGGGUCUGGGAAAGUUAUGCAUUUGGUGAAGGCAUUUGAGAAGCUUCUCUCAAUUCCCAAAACCGAGGAAGAAGAAGAUGAGGAGGAGGGAUCUAAAUAUCAAGAGAAGGAUGAUAACAAGAUGGUGGGGAAAUGGGCACUGCCAGGGUUGCAGCAACACGAUUCUGAGGUUUCAUUUUGCCCACCAAACUGUGUCCUCACAUUGCAAAACCUCGGCUUGGAUCCUGGGGCAUCAGUUUCGGCUUCGUGGGAUAGCAGCCGUGCAAGUGUGUCUAGCAGGACUUCUACUGGGGGUCGAAGAAGCAGGAGAAAUAGCCUGGAAUCAUCAAGUACUUUUGGGAGAAGAAGGUUGAAAAAGAAGCAGCAGAAAGUGACUAGCCAGAAGCCAUUCAAGCUAAGAACUGAGCAAAGGGGCAAGUUAAAAGAAGAAGAAUUUGUAAAGAAGAUACAAGAGAUGGCAGCAGUAGAAGAGAAGCAAAGGAUACCUGUUGCACAGGGUCUUCCUUGGACAACAGAUGAACCAGAGUGCUUGGUUAAGCCUCCGGUGAAAGAUAUCACAAGGCCUGUUGACCUGAAACUUCACAGUGAUGUGCGGGCAUUAGAUCGUGCUGAGUUUGAUCAUCAGGUGCAAGAAAAAUUGAGCUUAAUAGAGCAAUACAAAUUGGAAAGGGAGAGACAACAGAAGUUGGCAGAAGAAGAAGAACUAAGAAGGUUGAGGAAGGAACUAGUACCAAAAGCACAACCCAUGCCAUAUUUUGAUAGACCUUUUAUUCCAAUGAGGUCAAUGAAGAAUCCAACUAUACCUAGAGAACCCAAGUUUCAUAAUCAUAAGAAGAUCAAGUGCAGCUUAUCAUCAUGGAACGAUAUGAGCCCGUACUCCUCCAGCUGCCUUAACUAAGUUUCCAAAAGAUUAUUUGUUGAUGUGAAUUGUGAAGUGAAUAUUCUUUUCAUCCCCUUGCCCCGUUUCUCUGAAUAAUCUUCAUUUUUUAUGCAGGCAACAAAUUUAGUUGCACAUUCUUUCUUCUCUCUCUCUUUUUUUUUUUAUGGUUUUUGGUCUUUUUGUACAGUGUUUGAAAGAUUGAAUACUGAGCAAUUUGAUCUUGUCUUCCAAAGAACCAUCAUUCACAGUGAAGACCUAAUUUAAUUGCACA